CCUCAAAACCUCCCCCAGUCUCCUGCCAUGCAAGCAAGCGAAGCAACCCACCUCGCACACCUCCAGAGCAACGAGAAGAAGAAACAACCCAUUCCUCUCUCUCGCCGUCGCCAAUGGCCUUCGUCGGCGGCGGCGCUGCAGCAGCGGCCGCUCUCGCCGUUGCCUUCCUGCUCCCCCUCCUCGCCGCCGCCUCCGACUCCGACCACAAGUACCAAGAGGAAGAUCCGGUUACGCUCUGGGUGAACAAGGUUGGUCCCUAUAACAACCCGCAGGAGACGUACAACUACUACAGCCUUCCAUUUUGCCACAAGUCAGAUAACCCUGUGCACAAAUGGGGAGGGCUUGGUGAGGUCCUCGGAGGGAAUGAACUGAUUGAUAGCCAGAUUGACAUAAAAUUCAGAAAGAAUGUUGAUAAGGAUACCAUAUGUUCGAUGGAACUUGAUCCUGACAAGGCCAAGCAAUUAUCAGAUGCAAUUGAGAAUUCAUACUGGUUUGAAUUCUUCAUCGAUGAUUUGCCUCUCUGGGGUUUUGUUGGAGAAGCAGAUAAAAACAAUGAUAACAAAUAUUUUCUUUUCACUCACAAGAACAUUCUCAUCAGAUACAAUGGCAAUCAGAUUAUCCAUGUUAAUCUUACUCAAGAAAGUCCAAAGCUUAUUGAUGCGGGUAAGGCAUUGGAUAUGACAUAUUCUGUCAAGUGGGAACCAACAAAUGUAAUGUUUGCUCAUCGCUUUGAUGUAUACCUUGACUAUCCUUUCUUUGAACACCAGAUACAUUGGUUUUCAAUCUUCAAUUCUUUUAUGAUGGUUAUCUUUCUCAGUGGGCUAGUGUCGAUGAUAUUGAUGCGCACUCUAAGAAAUGAUUAUGCAAAGUAUGCCCGUGAUGAUGAUGAUCUGGAAACUCUGGAAAGAGAUGUCAAUGAAGAAUCUGGGUGGAAGCUUGUUCAUGGGGAUGUUUUCCGGCCUCCUCGCAGUUUAGCUCUUCUUUCAGCUCUCGUCGGUAUUGGUACACAGUUGUCCGCUCUUAUUCUGCUAGUGAUUCUGUUGGCAAUCAUCGGAAUGUUGUACAUUGGGCGAGGAGCUAUCGUCACAACAUUCAUUGUUUGUUAUGCACUUACUUCAUUCAUUUCUGGAUAUGUUAGUGGUGCCCUAUACUCACGACAUGGGGGGAAGAACUGGAUCAAGUCAAUGAUCAUGACAGCAUCACUGUUCCCAUUUAUGUGCUUUGGAAUUGGCCUAGCGCUCAACACUGUUGCUAUAUUCUACCGAUCAUUAGCUGCUAUACCAUUUGGCACAAUGGUGGUUAUGUUCAUCCUUUGGGCCUUCAUCUCUUUCCCUCUUGCUCUUUUGGGAACUGUUGUUGGUAGAAACUGGAGUGGUGCCCCAAAUAAUCCAUGCAGAGUGAAGACUAUUCCGCGUCCUAUCCCUGAGAAGAAAUGGUACCUCACGCCUUCUGUAAUUGCCCUUAUGGGAGGAUUGCUUCCUUUCGGCAGUAUCUUCAUCGAGAUGUACUUCGUCUUCACAUCGUUUUGGAAUUACAAGGUGUACUAUGUAUACGGGUUCAUGUUGCUGGUCUUUUUGAUCCUCCUAAUUGUCACCAUCUGUGUAACAAUUGUUGGUACAUACUUCUUGCUCAAUGCUGAGAAUUACCACUGGCAAUGGACCUCAUUCUUCUCUGCUGCUUCCACUGCCGUUUAUGUUUACCUCUACUCCAUAUACUAUUACAAUGUGAAGACCAAGAUGUCAGGAUUCUUCCAGACAAGCUUUUACUUCGGCUACACUUUGAUGUUCUGCCUAGGUUUAGGAACACUUUGCGGUGCUGUAGGAUACCUUGGAUCGACAUUGUUCGUGAGAAGGAUAUACAGGAACAUAAAGUGUGACUAAAGAUUGGCCACAAUUAUACUGGUGGGGGGAAACUGUCUAUCAAUUCCUCGUUUCGACGAGGGGGCAUUGUUUCUGUGGCCAAGAAGCCAGGGCAUUUGUGAAAUCUGAUCAUUAUUUGACAGCAAGCUGGGCAGCCGUGGUUUUUAUGUGUUCUUGUCCCUUUUGUUCCAUCUGCGCCCCUCUUCGGGGCUAAAAAUUUUCAUGCUCAAUGAGUUAUAUAGUUGUGAUCAUAGUUGCUAAGUAGUAGUCUAGUAUAUACAGCAGUUGUUAUUCUUAAACCCAAUGGGACAUGUAUUUUGUCUUGUAAAACUGUAAGAUCGAUGAUACUAGUGAUAUUUGAUAAUGAACACUGCUCGAAGUAUAUUUAUCA